CCUCUGCUCCGCCACCCCUCCGCCCCACACAAUCCCCUUCCCCGGAAUUUCAAACUCUUAGGUGGCUGCAGAGUGGGAGUUACAGCCUCAGAACGGAGCAUGCUCAGUGACAGCCAGGGAAGGUUUCGCAUGCCAGCGGCAAAUUUUGGUGCCUAAACCUGUGGCUCCAGUCUGGCUGCUUGCCGCAGGCGCUCAGUGUUCACUACCCCAGUGGAGCAGAGCCGGAGUGAGUGGCUUAAGGAGGGAGUGAACUUAGGGGGCCUAAUAGUUAUUGGAGAUGGCUGGCCGGGAUCUUCUCUGAUACCCCAGUUUUUUCGCCCAGUGCAUAGCUGAGGGGCCUGUCCAGCUGUGAGCCCCCCGGUCGGUCCCUGCAGUCCUUCGUGGCAAGCGGAUCUCACUUUUUGGUUGGCCUGGAGCGAAGCUGCGCAGCUAUGGAACUGGGCUGGAGGCACCAGGGACUGCUUGUUCUCAUCCAAGUGGUCCUCGCGCCAGUCUUCGGAGGAGAUUACACAGAGAUGGAACAAGAGAGAAAACCAUACCUGACACCCACAGGGCCUUCUUCUUCAGAGAUUUUGCCAGCUAAUUACAAAGCAUCUGAUGCCCUUCCAACCAACAUGGACGUUUCUGGCCUGCAGUUUAUUCCAGUGUUGUCGGGGAAUCCAAGCACGAGACAUACAAAGAAACCUGGGGUAGUGCCUGAAAAUUCAAAGAGCCCCUUAUCUCUUGCCUUUAAGCACACAGUAGGACAUGUAAUACUUUCUGAACAUAAAGAUGUCAAAUUCAAUUGUUCAAUCAGUGUGCCUAAUACAUACUUAGACAAUGCAGUUCUCUCUUGGUGGAAAGAUGGGAAGGAGCUCCUGGGGGCUCAUCAUGUGAUCACACACUUUUACCCAGAUGAUGAAUUUACAGCAAUUAUUGCAACUUUGAGCAUAAACAAUGUGCAGCGCUCUGAUAAUGGGUCCUACUUUUGCAAAUUAAGAAUAAACAGUGAUGAAAUUGUGUCUGAGCCCAUCUACAUUGAAGUACAAGGACUUCCUUAUUUCAUUAAACACCCAGAGAGCAUGAAUGUUAGCAGAAACACAGCCUUCAAUCUCACCUGUCAGGCAGUGGGACCUCCUGAACCUGUCAAAAUUUUUUGGGUUCGAAAUAGCAAUCGUGUUACCAACAAGCCAGAAAAAUCUCCUUCUGUUCUAACUGUCUCUGGUCUUGCUGAACCAGCAACAUUUAGUUGUGAAGCUCACAAUGAUAAAGGGUUGACUGUAUCCAAGGAAGGACAGGUUAAUAUAAAAGCCAUUCCUUCUGCACCAAGUAAAGUCAGCAUCAAGAACAGGACUGCACAUACCCUUCUGAUCUCAUGGGUGCCAGGCUUUGAUGGGUAUUCUCCCUUCAUCAACUGCAGUAUUCACGUCAAGGAAGUCAGUCCAUUGACUAAUGCAUCAGUCAUGAUCUUUAAUACCUCUGCGUCACCUCAUCUGUAUCAAAUUCAGCAGCUGCAAGCUUUGGCUAAUUAUAACAUUGGUGUUUCCUGCAUGAAUGAAGUAGGCUGGUCUCAAGUGAGCUCUUGGAUUCUGGCCAGUACAACUGAAGGAGCUCCAUCAGCAUCACCUCUGAAUGUUACAGUAUUUCUGAAUAGAUCCAGUAAUAAUUUAGAAGUAAGAUGGGAAAAACCUCCACUUAAGCGCCAGGAUGGUGAACUGAUGGGCUAUGUGAUAUCGUACAUGUGGCAGGGUGUGGAGUCAUCUCAGGAACGUUCUGAAGAAGUUGACCAGAACGACAGCAUUGCUUUUAUUUCUGUGUUAGCCACUAACACCACAUAUACAGUGAAGAUUGCUGUUAUCACUAAAGGGGGAAUUGGGCCUUUCAGUGACCCAGUGGAUGUAUUCAUUCCUGCUAAUGGUUUAAUAGACUUGGCUCCUUCUUCAGCUCCAGCCCCUGGGAAUAUAGAUCCAAUCAUAAUCAUCCUUGGAUGCUUUUGUGGAAUUAUUCUUAUUGGGCUAAUUCUUUAUAUAUCUCUAGCCAUUAGAAAGAGAUUACAAGAGACAAAGUUUGGGAAUGCCUUCACAGAGGAGGAUUCAGAAUUGGUUGCAAAUUGUAAACCAAAGAAAUCUUUCUCUCGGCAAGCUAUUGAACUCACUUUGAGAAGUCUGGGGGUCAGUGAAGAAUUACAGGAUAAACUGGAAGAUGUUGUGAUUGACCGGAAUCUCCUGACUCUUGGAAAAAUUCUGGGAGAAGGAGAGUUUGGGUCUGUAGUGGAAGGAAAUCUUAAUAAACAGGAUGGAACGUCUGAGAAAGUAGCAGUAAAAACCAUGAAGUUGGACAACUUUUCCCAGAGUGAGAUAGAAGAAUUUCUCAGUGAAGCGGCCUGCAUGAAAGACUUUGACCACCCCAAUGUCAUCAGACUCCUAGGCGUAUGUUUAGAAAUGAGCUGUCAGCGCAUUCCAAAGCCAAUGGUUAUUCUGCCCUUCAUGAAAUAUGGUGAUUUGCAUACCUAUCUGCUUUAUUCACGAUUGGAAACAGGACCAAAGCAUGUACCCCUGCAGACGCUACUGAAAUUCAUGGUAGAUAUUGCAUUGGGAAUGGAGUAUCUGAGCAACAGGAAUUUUCUUCAUCGAGAUCUAGCUGCCCGAAAUUGCAUGCUGCGGGAUGAUAUGACUGUGUGUGUAGCUGACUUUGGUCUCUCAAAGAAAAUUUACAGUGGCGAUUAUUACCGCCAGGGCCGUAUAGCCAAGAUGCCUGUGAAGUGGAUUGCCAUAGAGAGCCUUGCAGAUCGUGUUUACACAACCAAAAGUGAUGUGUGGGCUUUUGGAGUGACCAUGUGGGAGAUAGCCACCCGAGGGAUGACUCCAUAUCCUGGGGUGCAGAACCAUGAAAUCUAUGACUAUCUUAUUCAUGGACACCGACUGAAGCAGCCUGAUGACUGUUUGGAUGAACUGUAUGAAAUAAUGUGCUCUUGCUGGAGAGUUAGUCCCUUGGACCGACCUACCUUCUCAGAGUUAAAACUCAGACUAGAAAAGCUCUUGGAAAGUUUGCUUGAUGGCCAGGAAAAAGCAGAUGUAAUUUACAUCAAUACACGGCUGUUGGAGGACUAUGAAGGAAUGGUAGAGGACCCUGUGUUCACUCAGAUGGACAUGGACAUUGAUCCCAAUUAUAUCUUUGCCUCCUGCGCCCCAAAGCCUGACUCUAAUGUGGUCACAGUAGAAGUUCAUGAGAAUCAUCUCAAUGAAGAAAGAUACAUCCUGAAUGGAUUAGGUGAAGAAUGGGAAGCUCUUGCUUUGACUGCUCCCACAUCAGUGACGCCUGAACAAAUGAACACAGUUUUAUUGGAGGACAAAGUUUUGAGGAAUGGGGCAACAUGGUCACAGUCUAGCACUCUGCCCAUGGCUAGCACGUUACAUGAUCAACUGUUGUAUGCAGAUGAUUCCUCAGAAAAUGCUGAGGUUUUGAUGUGAAAGAGGAAUGGCAGCUGGACUUGAGGGGAAUGAUACGGUUCUGGAUGAGAAAGGUCUAUAAAUAUGAUUUAUUCUCUGGGCUGUUUGUUUUUCACCAAGUAAAUGGUCUAGCCCCAAAGUGCCAUUUGGAUGUUGACUAGUUAAGUGGCCAUUAAAAAUACAUAAUAUAUAUUUGUAUAAAGAAAUAUAUGUGUAUAGAAAGAGAGGCAAAGAGAUUAUAUUUUAUUAAAAGAUGAUCUAUUUUAUGUCACCAUCUCUUGUAGAUAUGAAAAUUUAGGUUUAAAUAGUUUCCUUUUGCCAACAGUUUUUUCUGUUCAUAUCAUGUAUAAAGGUUUUAAAGAGAAGCUGCUAAUGUUUUCCUUUUUUUUCCUUUUUGUAAUUUAAUAAUGAAUAAAUUUGUACAGUGAAAUUUUAACCUUGAGUUUUCUUCUGCUCUCUGUAAAACAAUUCCUUCAUAUUAAUCAUGCAAUUGGCAGUAUGUUCCUACUUAGUCCCUGAACUGGCCUUCUUGGUCUGAAUUUGUGUAUGCUUUUGCCCUAUAGUCUCUUUGGCUUUUCCUGGGUUCUCUGAAACAUAUCUUCUUCCUCAUGGCAGAGAUGGGGAGGACAGCUAGGUUAGUGUAUUUUAUGCUUUGCUAGAUGUUCUCAUUCUCACUAUAUCUGAUGUUUUAGCUUAAGCAUUUUUUUUUUGUCACAAAGGAGGGCACAAUCUGGAAAGAGGCAGGCUUGAAAUGGCUGUUGUAAAGACAAAUGGUACCAAUAAACAAUUUUUUGAAGGA